AUGUCCUCAUCGACAGAGCAACAAUCUACUCCUGACUGUCAGUGUGUUGGGGGUACCUGUAAAUUCAACGUGACACUUGGAAGAUGUCACUGCCACUGUCAAGACUCUGUGUAUGGAGAUAUCUGCUCUUUUGGAGAGAAUGACACCGCUUCUAAUGUUGAUACUGGAGCAAUACCAACUCGAAAAGCAAAUUUUUCUUUGGAAAUCCAGCUCACUUUUAAGUUGGCUUUUAAUGAUCUAAGCUCACCUCAAUCAUUAGAAUUCAUCAAUACAUUAGAACGGGAGCUUGAAGACUUAUGCAAACAAGCAGAUCCACAAACUUUUAAAAAAGUACAAGUCAUCAAGUUAUCACCAGGAAGUGUUGUUGCAGAGAGUGUGGCGGAGUACAACUAUCCAAACAAUGAAACUCAAAUCCAGUUUGUCAACACUCAGCUUGAUCAGGUGUUGUCUGAUAUCUUGAAUGACACAAGUAACCUCAAUAAGAUUUCUCAGGCCUUUAAUGGUUCAGAUGUGCAGUUAAAUGAACUCACCUUCCAGCCACCUGAGAUAAUAAAUAUUGCAGAUCUGAAACCUUUUGUAAACUGUUCUCAGUUUGCUAAUUAUACUGCUGAUAUUAAUAAUGGUCAAUGGCAGUGUGCUGGACCUUGCAAAACAAACCCUGAUUACUGUGACCAACAUGGAGAAUGUCUCAAUGACAUUUACAAAGGGCCAAUCUGUAGGUGCUUUGAAUCUAGCCUUGAGCAGUUUUAUGGCCCACAAUGUGAAGUCUCCCGUUGGGGUCCAGGUUUCUAUGGGGCGCUGUUUGGAUCAUUGGCAGUAGCACUCCUACUCUUGAUUAUCAUUGUCAUUGCUGUCAUCGUCAAAAAGAGACAUACGGCUGUUUGGAAAAGAAGCAACUCCUAUAACAGAAGUCUGUCUGCCUUUGAGGAAGAUUUCUUUGACUUCUCUGAUACAGGAGAUCACAAUUUGGGAUUUGCAGGCACUUAUACAUCAGAGGGUUUUAGGCCACAUCUAAAAAAUGUUGACAACCGAUUGCAGGUCACAACAAAACGUCCAGAGGUUUUUGAACAUCAACCCUAG